GCGGGCUGCGGCGCGGGGCGCUGCGCUGAGGGGAGAGGAGCCCAGCCGCAGCCGCCUGCCAGGACCAUGCCGUCGGGAAGGGAGCCGGGAGACCCUCGGCUGCGGGAUCCGAGCGGGGCGGCCGCCCUGUCAGCGCCCGGCAGCGCCUGAUCCCGCGCCGCGCUGCUCCCCGUGCACCGCCAUGGACGAGCGCUUCAACAGGUGGCUGCUGCCGCCGCUGCUGGCGCUGCUCUUCUUGCUCAUCGUCUACCAGUAUGUGUCGCCCGCCUGCCCCGGCGCCGCCUGCGCCCGCCGCCCGCCGGCCUCUGCCGCCCGCCGUGGGGGGGGCCCGGCGGAGCGGGAGGAGGAGGAGGCGGCAGCAGGUACCCCGGAGGAGGAGGAGGAGGUGGCGGCGGAGGCAGCGGUGGCGCUGCCGCGGCUGGUGGCCAAGUUCCCGUUCGCGCGGGGGGAGCUAUGUCGGCGCGUGCGGUUCGACAUGCGGGGCCGCGACGUGAUCGUCUUCCUCCACAUCCAGAAGACAGGCGGCACCACCUUCGGGAGGCACCUGGUGCGCAACAUCCGCCUGGAGCAGCCCUGCUACUGCCGCGCCGGGCAGAAGAAGUGCGCCUGCCACCGGCCGGGCGGCGACAAGGACACGUGGCUUUUCUCCCGCUUCUCCACCGGCUGGAGCUGCGGGCUGCACGCCGACUGGACCGAGCUCACCAGCUGCGUGCCCGCCGCCAUGGAGCGCCGCGGCUGCGCCGGCAACCGCACCCUCAGGAACUUCUAUUACAUCACGAUGCUGAGGGAUCCAGUGUCACGGUACUUGAGUGAAUGGAAGCAUGUCCAGAGGGGUGCGACGUGGAAAACUUCCCUUCAUAUGUGCGAUGGAAGAAGUCCAACACCAGACGAGCUGCCUACCUGUUAUGAAGGAGACGACUGGUCUGGAGUCAGUUUACAGGAAUUCAUGGAUUGUAGCUACAACUUGGCCAACAACCGCCAGGUGCGCAUGCUGGCAGACCUCAGCCUGGUGGGAUGCUACAACCUGACUUUUAUGAAUGAGAGUGAAAGAAAUAUGAUUCUUCUCCAAAGCGCCAAGAACAAUCUGAAAAACAUGGCCUUCUUUGGACUCACAGAAUUUCAGAGGAAAACGCAGUAUCUCUUUGAGAGGACAUUCAACCUGAAAUUCAUUUCCCCAUUCACUCAAUUCAACGUUACACGGGCUUCCAAUGUGGACAUAGGUGAGGAUGUGCGGCAACGGAUAGAGGAGCUGAAUUUCUUGGACGUACAGCUGUAUGAGUAUGCGAAAGACCUGUUCCUGCAGCGCUUCCAGUACUCCAAGCAAGAGGAGCAUCAGCAGAACCGACUAAAGAGGCGAGAGGAGCGGCGGCUGUUGCGGGAGCAGAGAGCUCACCAGUCACCAAGGGAAGAGGCAGCAGAAGUAGCCGUUACUGAAGAUUAUAACAGUCAGGUUGCAAGGUGGUGAUGCUUCUCCAUCUUGACUAACAGAUGAAGAGGAUCACAGAAUUUGUGCAACUUGGCUACCUGGGAAUUAGCCAAGGAAGGCCUAUGCUUUGGGAAAUGAGACCACAUCUGACAACUAACUACCCCUCCUUGUCUCAGUUUUUCUUGGUUUCUGCCAGUGAGGAGAAUGUAUUUUUUUCUCAAUAGGCAUUGAUUAGUGUUACUGAAUCACAGUAGAAUAGAUUCCUGUCCAAAAAGACUUCCUUCAAAGCCCUAAGCUAUGAUGAUGGGUUGAAGAGAGAGCUAUAUCCUUUGCAUUAACAGAGGUACCCCAUAGGAUCUGAGCUACUAAAACUUGUGCAGACAUCUGUUGAUAAAAAGUACCUGGUUUGGUUCCUCUGUGACAUGAGAGCUGGUUUGUUUCAUACUGUCCUUUGCAACUGUAUAGCUUUCUAGUGAAUGAAAUGGAGGAAAGCACAUUGCCCUUUGAGCUUCUACAUGCUGUGUUUUGAUUAAGGGAAGAAUUUGCUGAGGUGAUUAAAAAAGACCUAGGAAAUGUGGGACUGGGGCAUUGCUUGUCCUGUUCUGUUAGCCAGGAGUCAGAGAUGAUUUAUAAGUGAGGUGGUGGCAGGGUUAGCUUAUUUCUCUGGAGAUGCUGAGAGUACUAAAACCAGCCAGGCAGCAGCCACCCUUCUGAGCAUGUGUGGCAAAGGCAAAGCCUUGAGAAAUGAUGUCCAUUCAACAGCUAGGCAGAUAUCAUGGAGAUUAUCUGGAUGGAGGCAAUGAAAGCAGCCUUUGCGUUCACAAAAGGUAAAGAAGGGGCAAGCAAGCUACAGGGAAGAGGAAAGAGAGAGCAGGAAAAGCUGAAAUAUUAGUGUGACAUUUUCCAGAUUUGCUUUGAAAGCCUGGAGAUCUAUUGUCUGUGAGGGUAGGCAGGGUUAUGGUAUUGUCUGUUAAAAUACAUUGAUGCCAAGUGAAUACGAUUUAAAUUGGUUUUCUCUCUAACUACAGUAGUGGCUAGAAAAAAAAUCAGCUUUCAGUUUUUUAGGAUACAUAAUGACUAUGUGGAAAGUCUUGAUAAUUAUCACUCUGUAUGAAGAUUCUUUGUAAAUUUAUUGUUUCAUGAUGGGAGAUCUUUAUCUGGCUUUGUUCCUUGUCUAGAAAAAGAUUCAGUGGGUUCCUCCUCCACAUGUUACAUUCUUGGGGUUAAACUGCAUCUCUUUAUUCCAAGAUUUUAUGUUGUUCCAUUUGCAAUAGUGAAAUUUUUAAAAAGAGGGUCCUGUGCACCGUGGAUCUUUUGAGAGAGUUUUUUUUCCUUCUUCUAGCAUAAAUGUAAAGCAUUAGGAGGAAAUUUCUCUAAGUGCCUCAACGUGGCUGCUAAAUCAAGAUGCUGAAAGUAUAUUAUUGCAUGCAUGAAUGGCUUUUACCUUACAGAUUUGCUAAUUAGAAAUACUGGAGUACCUGAUGUGGAUACACAUUUCUCAUUUAUUUUCAAAAUUCAAGGCUUUUAUCCAGUGGGUAAAAAAAAUAAUGAGUUACAGAAGAAAAGAGGCUGAAUUUCAGUAUUUGUCUUUUCAUUUCCAACUUUUUGGGGUUUUUUUUAGUGCAUGCUGUAUCUUCUUCUGACAAUGCUGUUGCUACUUACCUAUACACAAUAUCAGAGAUAAGACCUAACCCAUCCUGUUGAAAGUUAAUGCAUACAAUAAUACAUUAAACAUUGAAUAUCAUAACAGCUAUUAAGACGUGAAGAGGGCUGUCAAGAUGAUGCCUCGUCAUCAAUAUAGUUUAUUAGCAUUAUGCUGAUUUAUGCCUGAUUGUCAGUGUGAUACUUCUGGGGUGAGUAGUGAUGCUUUAUGAUCCCUAAUACCUGUUCCACUGGUGGAUCAUGUGCAUCUCUUCCCACCUCUGCAUUCAGAAGGGAAAACACAGGACUGCAGAUCAUUACUCUCCUGCUUGGGAUAUCUGCCUUAGAGAAGAGUGAGGAGCAUUCUAGACUUCCCAGAUGGUGCUGCUUGGAUCUCCGUAGCCUGGAAGAGGCACUUGACACCUCACUCACAUAUGGACACCAACCUUCAGAGGUUUAAAUUGAAAUGUUUACAGUCUAGGUAUGAAGCUCGCCCUGGCUGCAGGACAGGAAGGCCAUGAAGAGCUAAGCCUGACCGAUAUUAUUGAACCUUCAUCGCAAUGCAGGUAAUUCACAGUGAUCUGAUAUCUUAUCUGCUGAUACCAGGGCUUCAGGUUGGGCUGGCCCUAUGGAAGCAGGAGCUUUCUGGUUGGUGACACAGGAACGACAGGAGCUGUUGCAUCUCACUGUUCUUGGGCCCACCGCUGCAUCUUGCUGCAGACCCUGCAGCAAGGAAGGGGAAGGCUGCCUUGGCACCUGAUACUGUAUGUCCAGGAUUUGCAGAUGUGCUCCAUGCUUCCAUGAGGAGGAAUGGUGUGCUGGGGGGACCCUGAAGGGCCAGAGGAAGGGCUGUGCAGGAGAAUAGCCAGCCACGUGAGAGAAAAGAUGCAAGGCCAAGUUCACAUUAAGAAGGAAGAUAAGUGAGAAAGUAGAAUCAGUCCCAGCCCAUCUUUUGUGGUAAAGAAUAUUUUCUUCCCCCCCGGCCCCAUCACAAAAAAGGGUCCCCUUUCUCUCAUCCCUGCCUCUUUCCCCAGUGGGCCACCUCUCCAUGCUGCUCACAGCAACAGGGGACUAGUUUUUCAUUUAGAAAAUGCAGUGUUAUCUUUUCAGGGGAGAGGAGACAGAGCUCAGCAAUGGUUCCCUGGAGCCUUACCAGUGACUGUAAGUAUCAGUUUCAGCUAUUUAAGCACACCAACCAUUCUCCAGACUAUUCCUUCUCCCUGACACAAAAGAAA